GUUUCUCUGGCAGCUGCAUGUGACCUCAGGCUUUCUCCACUGAAACCACCGCAAGAAACAAAUAAAGCUUUGCUCAACGGCACUCCAGGUAAAGUUACGGCAGGUUAUUUUGGAGUAAUCCGGGGAGUGACAUGCCGGUGUUCGUAGAGGACCCAACUCAAUCCAAAUCCAGACUCAAGUCGGACCUGAUCGCCCACAACGUCACUUUGCCACCUGGUGAGAGCAAAAAGGAGGUGUACGUUGAGUUGUAUCUGAAACACAUCAAUCCGAAAAGCGAGGCCGAUUUCUCCAGCGACGAAGAGGAGCCGGUGCACGAUGUCGUCGAAACGGGACAAGAGAAGGAUCCACAGAUGCCGGACCCAGGUAGACUGACUGAUGAUGAUGAUGGACUCAAGGCCACGCAUCAUCCACAGAUGCCAGACCCAAGUAGACUGACUGAUGAUGGACUCAAGGCCAUGCUUCUCAAACAUGGGGUGAAAACUGGACCCAUUGUUGACUCCACCAGAGCACUGUAUGAGAGGAGGCUUAAGAAGCUGCUUCAGUCCGACACCAAACCCACACUGAACGGUACAGGUGAUGCCGCCCUGUACUCCGACAGUGAAGAAGAGGAAGAAGAGGAGGAGGAAGAAGAAGAAGAGUCAGGUUCAGAGUUAGUGGAAGAAGAAACAGAAUCCCAAUUGGAAAAGGUCCACCAGGACAGCAACCAGCUUCCGGAAGAGCCUGAGACAGAUGUUCUUAAGGAAAUGUUUCCAGACACCACUCCCUCGCCGACUGGCAUCACUGUCACCCGUCGGAGGCCCAUCAAGGGUGCAGCAGGGCGACCUAUCCAGUGCAAGUACCCAGACAUCCCAGCAAGUCCCCUGACACUGGAGAGACAGCAGGUGGAGCGCCGCCUUGCCCCCAUCAAGAUUCAGAUUUUGAUGUUCCUCAUCGUGGCUUGUCUCCUCUUCCUCAUCUACACAUACAUGGAGUAAACUCAUUCAAAUCUCUUUUUGUGGGCACUUUGGACAAUCUGAGCCUGAGUGCACACAGUGAGGAGGAGCCGUUGCUCCCUUGACAAGAAUAGUCCUCCGGUUCACCUCAAUCCUCCAUGUCGUUUUACGAAGUGAGGUUGUUGGAAGUUAAAUUUGUUCAUUCUUCUGUGCGUCUCUGCUGCUGUUACAACUUUUCACUAAGCAAACCAGGAUGAGCUUGUUUUUGGAUGUGUUUUGGGGGGAGGGGGAACCCUACUUGUGUAUUUUAACACUUGACUGUGUCUUUGAGGGAGAAAAUAUGUAUUUAUUUAGAAUUGUGCAUUUGUUUCUGAAGCAGGGGACAGACGGUAAGGAGAGACAAUCAGUGGUGCAGAUAUACAGUUAAUCCUCAAAGAUAUCAUAUACUUUAACAUACACAAUUUUUGAAAGUCAGUAUUUAUAUGAAAAGUGGGAUGUUUUUCUAGUUUCCUAACCACAUUGUUUUGAUGUGGUGAUGCCAUUUCAACAGACUAGGGAAUUUUUUUGGUAUAUUUUUCUAUGUUUUCGGUGUAUUUAAAUGGGUAUUUAUGUAAUAUUUCUGUUUAGGACCAUGUUUCAAUAAAGGAUG